CAUGGAAAGGGAUAGGACCCAUCUGGCUAUAUGGUCUCUUUUCUAGGUCAUUCAUGGAUACGCUGAGCAAGAUUGGUCCCAGAUGGAUUCCUGUGACAGUCUACUGCGAGCAGCCUCCGAGCCCGAUGCUUGCCUCGCUUCACCUGUUCUGCCUCACCGGCAGCCGGGAAGUCGCUCUUCUCAGGCUGCGGGAGAGGAGAAGCAGGUCUUUAGUUGUGGGCUGUCCCCACCGAAAAGGGGAAGGACGAAACCAAACAAAACCCACAAGGCCGCAGCCUCGGUGCGAAACCUGCCGCCUCCCACUCUGAGGACGAUGCAAGCCUGGCGCCCGGGAGCCGACACUGCCAGAGGUGCUCAGGGGACUCAGGCCCGCGCUGGCGGGUCUCCGUACCCCACGACUCUGAAGGCAGAUCCAGAAGAACUGUUUACAAAACUGGAGAAAAUUGGUAAGGGCUCUUUUGGUGAAGUUUUUAAAGGAAUUGACAAUCGGACUCAGAAAGUGGUUGCUAUAAAAAUUAUUGACCUAGAAGAAGCAGAAGAUGAAAUAGAAGACAUCCAACAAGAAAUCACAGUGCUGAGUCAGUGUGACAGUCCAUAUGUAACUAAAUAUUAUGGAUCCUAUUUAAAGGAUACAAAAUUAUGGAUAAUAAUGGAAUAUCUGGGUGGAGGCUCUGCCCUUGAUCUAUUAGAACCUGGCUCACUUGAUGAAACCCAGAUUGCUACAAUAUUGAGGGAGAUACUCAAAGGACUUGAUUACUUGCAUUCAGAAAAGAAAAUCCACAGAGAUAUUAAAGCUGCUAAUGUAUUGCUAUCUGAACAAGGAGAAGUAAAACUAGCAGAUUUUGGAGUAGCAGGACAACUAACAGAUACACAGAUAAAGAGGAAUACCUUUGUGGGAACACCAUUUUGGAUGGCACCUGAAGUAAUAAAGCAAUCAGCGUAUGAUUCAAAGGCAGAUAUCUGGUCAUUAGGCAUAACAGCCAUAGAACUUGCAAAAGGAGAGCCACCUCAUUCAGACUUACAUCCAAUGAAGGUUUUGUUUCUCAUUCCUAAGAACAAUCCACCAACACUGGAAGGAAACUUCAGCAAAUCCCUUAAAGAAUUUGUUGAGGCCUGCUUAAACAAGGACCCAAGCUUUAGACCUACGGCAAAAGAGCUCUUAAAACACAAAUUCAUUUUACGAAACUCAAAGAAAAAUUCCUACCUGACUGACCUUAUUGAUAGGCACAAGAGAUGGAAGUCUGAACAAAGUCAUGACGACUCCAGUUCUGAUGACUCAGAUACUGAACCAGAUGGCCAGGCUUCAGGUGGGAGUGAUUCAGGGGAGUGGAUCUUUACAAUAAGAGAAAAAGACCCCAAGAAUCUAGAGAAUGGAGCAGCUGAGCCUUUGGAGUUGCAAAGAAAUAAGGAAAAGGAUAUCCCAAAGAGGCCUCUGUCCCAAUGCCUGUCUACAGUUAUAUCCCCUUUAUUUGCAGAGUUGAAAGAGAAGAGUGAAGUGUGUGGCGGUAACACAGAUUCCAUAGAAGAACUGAGAAAGGCUAUUUAUUUAGCUGAAGAGGCUUGUCCGGGCAUUGCAGAUAACAUGGUGUCACACCUUGUGCAGAGGCUUCAGAGAUAUUCCCUCGCUGGAGGAGGUACUUCAUCCUACUGACAUGCUGUUUUUGACUUUUCUAAGACAACAGAGAUCCCACAGUGUCUGCAUUAAAGGCGCGCGCCCUAAUGUUGUUCUGCCCCUCAGUCACUGGAAUGUCCUUUGGUGGAAGGAUGUUCCUAAACGUGCAAGAGUGAAAAUGAAGGCUCUCAGAUGGAGGCAGUCUUUUUCAGCUCCUUAAAGCUAUAAUUUUUUUUUAAUGAUAAUGCACAUAUUCCAGGGAGGUGUCUUUUUGUAAAAUCUGAAAUGUAUAUUUAGGUUUGUGAUAAGAGAAAUUGAAGAUAUUGAGAAACCUCAGGUAUCUUGCUUUAAGAAUUCCACUGGGAGAUGGAGUAUGUUUGUUGGAAUUGUGUACAGAUAUGUAUAUAAUGUCUUUUUUUAACUGAAAGCCUUUCGAUGUGCAUAAGGAAUCACUGUGUACAAAAUGGUAAAGUGCUUCUGUAGAUAAUGUUAGUGGGGUAAAUAUUUGACAGGCCAUAACUGAGUAUUGCCUUGCCUUUAUUACAUGUACAUUUUGAAUUCUGUGGUAAGUGAAUCUUGGUUUGAUUUUUGUAUGUGAAGGAUUUGCCAUUGAAAGAGUUAAUCCUGUACUAUGGAACCUUCUCUUCGUACCUCAGCAAAGACACAAUUUUAUUCUGUUUCUCCGGUAUUUCUUCCUUUUUAUCUAUAUUCUGAGCGUGAGUUUCUAAUUAUGGUACUACUCCUAGUCGUUUUAAAUUUAAUACACCUUGUCUCUCAAAGCUUUACAUUUAAAUUACUGUUUUUCCUAAAGAAUGAGCUCUCUCAUAUUUUCAGUUAUAAAUUGUGCCAAUGCAAAUUCUGAACCAUAUGUAUUGUUCGAUUUUAGUAAUAGAUAUUUGUGAAGCUUGUAGUGAAAUUCAGAUACAAUAUUUUUUUUCAUCUAAACAUGUUUGAAUGCUCACACAAAUAAAUCUUUAUUAUCUACGUUUAUUCUGAAAUAUCUCAUUAAGAUGUUGGAUCUGAGACAGUGGCAUAUAUUUCUUUAUCAUGCCUGUUUUUAUCAUAAAAAUUAAUGUCUUGAAGCGUAAAAGAAAAAUUAUCCAUAAAUUCAACAUUCGGUCUUGCUGCCUAAAUCUGUGCAUCUCUUUACCAAAAGUGAUAGAUGUUAGACAGAAAGACUGCAAACCUGAGCCUGAGUGUUGUAUGCGAUGUCCUAUUACUUGUCUCCCCAGAAAAAAAGUUAUUUCUUGAAAAUUCUGAUUUCUGAAGUUUCCACUGUUUCUGUGAGUGCUCCGAGAUAGCUGACUUACUGUUUCCAAGAACUAUAAAACUUUAAUGUUAGUUACACACACAGUUGAUGAGGUGGCAUCUGUUUUCUCAGUAUUACUCUGAGAUUUAUCUUGGUGUGUUUCACUAAGGGAGUAUUCAGGUGCUUCUUAUUCUGAUAGCUGAGAGCUUUUUUGCCUUGUUUUAAUGAAGAAAUUGAUGAUUUUAUGUUGUCAAUAACAGUGAGGUAACCUACCUCACUGUUUGUGUUGUGGGGGGUUCUUUUUGGUUUUUUGGUUUUUUUUUUUGAAUAGGAGUUUUGGAACAGAAAGGAUUAACCUUUUAAAAGUAAAGGCGUAUCUGCCUAGCUUGGUACAGAAAGACCCAGGUUCUCUAACCAUUCUGGAAGCUGGUGAGGUCUCUUUGCAGGAUUUCCUAUCACUAUGGUAGCCCUUAUUCUAUGCAUAUUAAUAGCCUUAAUUAUUAAUUUAAUAAUGUAACAGUUAGAGGACACUGACAUGCCAACAGAACUAUGAAACUUUUGACCAGGUUGAAACAAUAGUUGAAAGAAAUGGGUUUGUGUGCACUCAUUCUUGUAGCCAUAAUCUUCGACGCCACACACAUGCCAGCAUGGUGAGGUAAUGGUUUUCCUUUGCGGCUGUGUGAAUUUCAGGUAAAUUGAACAAUGCAUAAGUUUGAGCAAUGGUUUAUAACUCCCCUUUGAUUAAUAUCUUUAAAUACGUUGUUUUGUGUGCUUGUAAACAUUAAGGAUAGGCUUUCCCCUUGAGGAAACAAAUUUAGCUCUCCUAUCGUGAAAGGUGCAUCUGAAUACAGUGCAAUGGGAAAGUGACCUGUUGACAUCUCGGUAUUAAAACAUUCUGACACUCAAUAAAUCUGUGAUGUUACAGCACAGCGCAUGGAAAUAAGCAGAUGUGUUUGCAUUUAAAAUAACAGCAGCUUUCCACCACUCAUCUCUUAAUGUAAGGAAUUGACAUUAAAGUGAGCUUACUUGGAAAUGCAUAGAAAGUUAGUGAGGAAGUUAAAUUUAUGGUGCUGGCUGGAAUCUCAAGAAUUUCUCAAUUGGAAAAUUAAACAAAGUUCUAAGGUAUGCUAUUUUUGAACAAUCAUUUAAAAAGUUAUACAUACAUUUUUUUGAGUUGCGUUUUAGUUGCAUUCCAGGGCUGUAUGUUGAGGAAAUACUUCUCUGAGUAGAUUGUGGCAGAAUUUGCUUGGUGAAAGUGUCCCGUGGUUUAGGAGCUUAAGAUGAGUCAGACCUACAGCAAGGGCAAUUGGCCAAAAGGCUAGAACAUUUAGAAAAAGACCUCAUUUAUGGUAGAGAUGUGUAUUUUUAUAUGUAAUAUAUAGAUUAUUUAAAUAUAGACUAUCUUAAACUGAGAUUCACUGGAGAAAAGGCGUGCUGUAUCUUGAAUGUACCAUAACAAUCAUUUGCUAUUGAAAAGUAUUGAUGCUUUAAAAAUCAGAUCUAUAUUGUUGAGAGAAGAGCAGCUUCAUUUGAAAGAAGCAUGGCCUCAGUUUCUGAAAGAAAAAAGAAGUGUAUUGAUAUUUUUGAGAGGUUGUUUUGUGCUAAACCCAUGUCUGUGUUAUAAUGUUGCACUGAUGAUUUUUCUGUGCAGGUAGUAAUUCCUCACUUGGUCUUGACUACACCAAGUGACAAGCUAUCCCUAUUUAUGGUAGCAUAGUGGAACUGCUUAUUUGUCAGGGAUUUCAAGAUCAGGCAGUAAAUAAAAUCAGUCGUUUGAACUGAAGGCUUGCUUUUUGUAAGUAUCAGACGCGUAAUCUAUUUUUUUAACUUCAUUUUCCUUGCAGUUGCACUUUGUAGUUGAUCACCAGUUGGCUGAAGGAUGAUGCCAUGAUCACUCUAGUACAGAACGCUUGCGGUGUAAUAACAAAGCAGCUCUUUCUCUGAAGUGCUAUGGUUCCUUUGCAGCUCCAGACAUUUUGUGUGCAUCCGUGUGGGUACGGACAGAUGAACCAAUUACUGCAGAACGAUUUAACUGUGGUGUCCUGCCCUCGCCGCAUAGAGGGAAGGUAGGAGCGUGCGUAUUGGCACUCGACUGCAACGCCGCUGGCGUGGUCUGAGUUCACCUCCUACUUUAGCCACCAUAACUCCUUCCUUCAUCUGCCUGUGCUUUCACUCUACCUGUGAAAUGUCUCGUUUAGCUCUUACUCCACAGUGUUCCGUAUUACUUUUAAACAACGCGGUACCAAUUUGUAAGUCUUAUGUGAGCCUUACUUUUAAGGAAACUUAUUUCUGCCUUCAAAAACACCACCAUUGGAAGAUGAUUGGGAGCGCUAAUAAGCACAGGUACAAUGCAAGGAUCAGCACAAUCGCAAAUUAUUUUUGUAAGUUGCUGGGGAGGAGCUUAAAGUAUAGCACAAAUCUGCAGGCUUGCUCUUUUUAACUAUAUUUUGCAGAUGUGCUAGUAAUUGCACUGAGCAUAUGCAGUAGACAAAUCGUAUGUAAUGGGUUUCUGCCUUCUUUUAAAGCACGAUUUACAGAGGACAAUUACAGUGUAUAUCUUGUUUUCUGUAACAUUGCUGCCUGUUUAUAACUGUGUAUUCAAAUUUUACUUUUGUCACUCUACGCCAACGUAAUAAAACUCCUUGUAAACUACAUGACCUAGAAAUAAAGAAGGAACCGUUUAAUGAA